AUGACAAGCGCGAAAGAUAUACGUGUUGUAGUCUCUAUAGAUUUUGGAACCACAUUCUCUGGAUUUGCAUAUUCAAACAAAACGAAUCCGGAAAUUAUUACUAACGAUAGUUGGCCAGAACAACAAGGAACUUUUAAAACGAAUACCUGUUUAGCAUAUGAUGAUAAUUUACAACUUCUAAAAUGGGGAUAUCCUGCCUUGGCUCAGGAACCACCAAAGAAAAGAAAGGCAAUGGCUAAACCACAACCUAAACCUGUAGAAUUAUUUAAAUUACAUUUAGCUGAUGUAAAAGAUGAUGAGAAACCAUUACUUCCACCAGGUUUAGAUGCAAAGAAGGCUAUUACAGAUUAUUUACAUGAAAUGAAUAAGUCAAUUUGUGAAACAUUAAACUCUCGAUGGCCAGGUUUAAGAUAUCCCGCACAAAUACGUUUUGUAGUUUCCGUACCUGCAGAAUGGCAUCAUGAAGCGAAAGCUACUAUGAGAGAAUGCAUGUAUAAUGCUGGUUAUUUGGAACACAGACAAUCUGAAAAUCUGGAAUUCACUACUGAACCCGAAGCAGCCGCUGUAUAUUGUAUGAAGAGUUUAAGUGAACAUCGUUUGUCCGCAGGAUCAUCCUUCAUGAUUGUUGAUUGUGGAGGUGGUACAGUUGAUUUAACGACAAGAACUCUUUUACAUGGCAUGAAACUUAGUGAAAUUACAGAACGAAGUGGUGAUUUAUGUGGUAGUUCUUAUGUUGAUCGUGAAUUUCUCAGAUUUUUUGGGAAAAAACUUGGUUAUGCUGCAAUGAAACAAUUAAAAGAAAAUCAUUAUGGUCAAAUGCAAUAUUUGGUUCAACAAUUUUGUUCAAGAGUUAAAUUCUCUUUCAAUGGAAAUCCUAAUGAAUAUACCACUAAAGAUUUAGAUAUUGAAAGAGUAUGUCCAGCACUUAUGCAAUAUGUUACCGGGCGUGCAAAGGAACAGAUGGAAGAAGCUGAAUGGUUGAUUGAAUUAGAUUUUCAAUCAGUAAAAGAUAUGUUUGAUCCUGUUAUUAAUAAAAUUAUUGAAUUGAUUCAAAGGCAACUUGCUUCAACCGAACGAAGGUGUGCUGCUAUGUUUUUGGUAGGGGGAUUUAGUGAAAGUUCUUAUCUUCAAUCUCAAAUUCGACGACAUUUCAUGACAAAAGUUCCUCUAAUAGCAGUACCUAAACAUCCGAUUGCUGCCAUAGUACGUGGAGCAUUAGAAUAUGGGUUAAAUAUGGAAAUUAUACAAACCCGUGUUCUUAAAUUCUGUUAUGGUGUAGAAGUUAGUGCUAAAUGGGAAAAAACUGAUCCACUAGAACGUAGAACUCCCGCUGGACGUAUUUUCCGAUUUCAUAAAUUAGCUUUACGUGGAGUUGAAGUUGCCGUAGAUCAGAAGUUUUAUUAUACUGCUGGUCCAGUGGUUCCUAAUCAAACUGACAUGACUUUUAACAUAUUUAUAACACCAGAUAAUAAUGCAAAAUAUUGUGAUGAAGAUGGUAUGAGAAUGUUAGGUAAAAUGAAAAUCGAUUUACCUGAUCCACAACGUGGUAAAAAUCGAUUAGUUGAAUUUACUUUAACUUUUGGUACUAUGGAAGUUAAAGCAACAGCUAUCAACAAGCGAACUGGACAAGUAUAUGAAAGUAGUUUUGUUUUAGAAUUUUAA